AUGGUCACCAAAAAACAUGAUGCCACAGUUGUCUCAGUCGCCAGAUCUAAGCCAAGGCCUGAAGUUACUGAAAUUGUGGUGUCUGAGGACAUGCAAAUUGUGUACAUGGAGACUGUGGAGGAGAGAGUAGUGGGUGGUGAAAUAGCAAGACCAAAUUCCUGGCCCUGGCAGAUCUCUCUCCAGUAUAAAUCUGGCAGCAACUAUUACCAUACCUGUGGAGGCAGUCUGAUUCGGAAACAAUGGGUGAUGACUGCUGCUCACUGUGUUGACAGUCGUAGGACAUGGCGCGUUGUCCUUGGAGACCAUAACAUCUCUGCCCAUGAGGGCAAGGAGCAGUACACUAGAGUGAGUCAUGUCUACAUCCACCCAAACUGGAACUCCAACAGGAUCUCAAGUGGAUACGACAUUGCUCUGCUCCGUCUGUCCAACGAAGCCGUUCUGAACUCCAACGUACAGCUGGCUCUUCUGCCUCCGUCUGGUCAGGUCCUGCCCCACAAUAACCCCUGUUACAUCACUGGCUGGGGCCGUACCUCUAGUGACUGGGGUCAGCUCUCCUCUCAGCUGAAACAGGCCUACCUGCCUGUGGUGGACCACAAGACCUGCUCCAGCGGUAGCUGGUGGGGAGGUUCUGUUAAAACUACCAUGGUUUGUGCCGGAGCCAGAAGUCUCUUUGUUUUCCAGCUCAGCAACAACAUCCCAGUACUCCGCCACUAUCUUGAUGAGUCCUUUGACCUUCGAGCAGACCUGCGACUCUCCCGACAGUCAGCUACUGCUCUGUGUGUGGCACUGACACUCAACUCUGACCAUGGCUGGCAGAAGGAUAUAGAGGUCUUGGUUUUUCUUUACUGGUUGGCACAUGCAGCAUCUUUUAUGGUGGUGUCCAGGGCGUUUGACAUCCCAAAGUCCUCUGUUCACCUUACUGUGCACAAAGCCAUCUGUGAUCACCGUGGGAGGUUCAUUGACAUUUUUGUGGGCUAUCCGGGAUCAGUGCACGAUGCUCGUGUGUUGAAAACAGUCCAGUGUAUCUGA